AGCAGCUGUACUACGGCGGCUAUCCGAGCCAUGCGGCUGGUGUGUUCAUCACCUUGUCCUCCCAACUCAUCGGAUAUGGCAUUGCCGGUCUACUCCGUGAUAUCAUUGUUCGCCCGACGAAGAUGCUCUGGCCCAUGACCCUCCCGAUCAGUAGCUUGCUCGAAUCGCUCCACAAGAACAAGCAGCAAUCCAAGGCCCGGUUGAAGGUUUUCUACAUCGUCUUCUUCAUGUUAUUCUUCUGGACAAUCAUCCCCGAGUACAUUUUCCCCGUGCUGGAGGGUGUGUCGAUUUUCUGCCUUGCAAACCAACACAGCCUGGUCUUCACCAACCUGUUCGGCGGCGCUUCCGGAAAUGAGGGUCUGGGUUUCCUGUCCGUGUCGUUCGAUUGGAAUUACAUUGCCUCGCUCGGAUCUCCUCUGUGGUACCCGCUGUAUGCGUUGACCAAUUCUUUCAUUGGCUACCUGGGAUGCAUCAUCCUCUUCAUGGGAAUCUACUACGGGAAUGUCUGGAAUUCUCAGAAUUUCCCCUUCCUCUCCCAGCUGUUGUUCACCAACAACUUCAACUCCACCUACUAUGACACCUACAACCAGACGCUGAUCCUGAAUCCUGAUUCCACCAUCAAUGAGGAGGCCCUGCGGCAAAACGGUGUGCCGUGGCUGACUGGAUCGUACCUGGCAAGCCUCAUCACAACGAACAUGGGCAUCACCGCGACCCUCACGCACAUGUUUCUCUGGAACUUUGAUGACAUCAAGGCCGGAUGGGAAUGGGCGGCCCCGAGCAAGCUCAAGAAAUGGAUUCAACCGUCCACGUAUAAAUUCUGGGCCAACCAGCAAUCUUCCGAGGAGCAACUGGAAGAGAAGCUAAACGACACCUCACUGGAUCCCCACUACCGGCUGAUGCUUCGAAACAAGUACGUUGAGACGCCUCAGUGGUGGUGGGGGGCAAUCCUCGUGGCCAGCUUUAUUGCCGGGAUCGUCUGUCUCUAUGCCAUGAAGUCGACGCUGCCCUGGUGGGGAUUCAUCAUCGCCAAUCUGCUGACGCUGCUCUUUAUGCUGUUCUUUGGCGCGCAGAUGGGAUUGACCGGGUUCCAGUUCAACAUCCAGCCGAUCUGCCAGAUGCUUGCGGGCUAUAUGUUCCCAAGGAGGCCAUUGGCGAAUGGGACAAGUCCUCGCCAAGGACCUGCGGCUUGCCCAGAACGUGCAUCUGUCACCGCGAUGUACUUUCUUCGUGCAAGUCGCCGGAUGCGUCAUUGGAGCGUUGUUCAACUAUCUCAUGAUGUUGACGGGACGAACAUCUGGAGUGGAGCGAACGUCCAGCAGUUCAACAGCUUAGCCAUCUCGUGGAGUAUUGCCAAGGACAUGUUCUCGGUCGGCGCUCGGUAUCAGUGGGUGACGCUCUCUUUCCUGCUCGGAUUUGCGGUCCCCAUCCCGUUCUGGGUUGCCUACCGGUUCUGGCGGAAGAAGAUCUUCGCCUAUCUCAACCUCUCCAUCAUCCUGUGGUACAUGGGUUGGCUGGUGACGGGCAUCAACGCGUCGUGUCUCAGCUACUUUAUCCUGGGCUUUGCCUCGCAGUGGUGGUUGCGCAAGUACCACCCGCACCUGUUCAACAAGUACAACUACAUCGUGUCGGCGGCGCUGGAUGGCGGCACGCAGGUCUGCGUUUUUAUCCUGACGUUCGCCGUGUUUGGUGACGGUGGCCCGCCGCACCCAUUCCCGUGCGUUCACCCCAUCCGUAUCCUAGAUGCCGUUCGCUGCAAGCAAUUUUUACUGACGAGUCUUACCAACAGGACCUGGGCUGGCAAUCCCGACACGACGAUCCACAACCUUGACUACUGCAUGGUCAACCCAGCCAACAACGGUUGA